AUGAACAAUAAUAUUGGUGAAGAUGAUGAUGAUUUACUAAUAAGUGGAGCUAGAAACAACAAUAGAGGUUAAAUAAAUUUAGAUUUAUCUAAUUAUUCAUGUAAUAUGUAAGAAUGUUAAUUAAAUACUAUUAGACCUGAUAUCACACCAUAAUUUGAUUUAAUUAAUUUUAGAAAGUUCAUCCUAAAUUAAAAUUGGAAUAUAAAUGAAUUAUAAGAAUUGAUUUUGAAUUGUUAAUUAAGUUCAAUCAAAUUAAGAUUUAGCAUAUGGAGAUUAUUUUUAGGCAUUUUUUAAAUAGAUGAUUCUAUAGAGUAGAAAAUCAUAAAGCUUAAUUAAAAUAGAUCAAAUUAUUAAAAUUUAAGUAAAUAAUAUUUAUAAGCUGAAACAAAGAAAGAAUCUAAAAGAAAUAUGAGAAAUCCUUUAUUAUAAAAUUAAUAAGAAUAAUAAUAAAAACCAAAUGUAUAUAUAUAGAAAUAUAUUUAAAAUAAAGGUUUGGAAUAAUUUUUUUGAGAUAAAUCACUUAAAAAAUGAAAUAAAGAAAGAUGUUGAUAGAACUCAUUAAGAUAAAUAGUUAUUUUAAAGUUUAAAGAUUAAGAAUUUAUUGUCAAAUAUUUUAUUUAUUUGGAGUGUUAAGAAUCCUACAAUUUCAUAUAGAUAAGGUAUGAAUGAAUUAGCAGCAAAUGUGAUUGAAGUAUAUUUUACAGAAGCUUAAGGUUUUAAUAAUUUAGAAGAUAGUGAUGAUAAGAAGUAAAUUGCAAUAUUUUAUGAUACUAAAUUUGCAGAAGAAGAUAUCUUUUAAUUAUUUGAAUAAAUAAUGAAUGCUCAUGUUGAUAUGUUUAAACAUACUCCAGAAAGUCAAAAAAAAUAAUAACUUAUAAUAUAAAAUAGAAUUUAAAAAAUAUAUGAUUAAUAAUUAAAAAUAAUAGAUAUAACAUUAUUCAAACAUUUAAAAGUAUAGGAUGUUGAAUUAUCUGUAUUUUUAGUUAGAUGGAUUAGGUAUAUAUAUAUAUAUUAAUUUUAAGAUGUAUGUUUACAAGAGAAUUUCAUGUUGAAGAUUCUUUAAAAGUAUGGGAUGCCAUAUUUUAUGAUUAUUAUCUUACUGAAGAUAAAUAAUGGCUAUUAUUAGUUGAUUGUAUUGUUAUUGCCAUGUUUGUAUAUGUUCGAGAUUAAAGUAGUUGAUUAAACUUUAUUUUUAGUACUUGAAAAGGAUGAUCCAAAUGCAUGUUUGAAAAGAUUUCUAAAAUAUCCACCAGUUGAAAAUUUAGCAUAAUUGAUUCAAGCUGCUUUUAGUAUUAAAAGAGUUUUAUAAUCUGCAAAUCCAGAAUAAGCUUUACUUUAGGAUUAAUUCUUAAUUACAUUCUUAGGUAGUAGAGAUGUAAGCAAAUCUCCUAAAAUAUUUUAAAAUAUUCAAAAUUAAGAAAUUCAAGAAGAUAAUAAUAAUAAGUAAAUAAUAUAAUAAAUUAGAUUGAUAGAAGCAACUAAUUUAAAAUAAUCAGAAAGUAUUGAAAUGUAGAAUAAUUAAGCAUAAUUAAUACUUAAAGCAUUAAAUUAAGGAAUUUUGUGUAUUCAAAGAUUUAAUACAGAUAAAUCAAUUAAUGAAGUGAAAUAAUUACUAGAAAAUGCAAAAUCAGAAUUAUUAAAAUGUUUAGAUUAAUAAUUAAAUUGA